UAAUUACCUUGUUGCCACGUCCGUCACGCCCAGGAGAGCAAUGCAUGUCUUUUUUCCUCAAACGUACAGACAAAUAAAAAUUUAGAAAUUUGGAUUUAAUACUACAAAUAUUUACUGAUGAGUUUUGACGAUGAGAAAAUCGAAAGACCUGCCUGGACCUUGUUCUUUGAAGGCACACUUUACAGGAGGUAUUUGCGCUACUUGAAGCAUCAUGAUUUAUCACAGAUGCUUAACAAUGGAACAACUCUACCUUUUAAUUAUAAAACUCCUAUUCAACCUCCAAUUUUGACACAUGAGACAAGUUGGUAUUCUCCACCAAAAUUUCAAUCUGAAGAAGACGAGAUGCCCCCUCCUUAUCACCCUCGAUCCGUAUCUGCAUCUUCUGACCGAUCACAGCAAGACACUGACUAUAAAAAGAUACGAAACAGAACAAGAGUUUUAGUGUGUCUAGGAAUAACUUUAAUAGCACUGACGGCAGCAAUAGUUGCACUUGUUAUACAUUAUUUCUACAUUGAAACACAAAAAGAAGUAAUAGAAAGUGGACAAAAUUUUAUUCACAUUCCUGGAAAUUUUACAGCAAAUGAAACAUUAGCGAUACUUCAGGAUAACAAUACGAGAAUCAUCAAAGAAAAGUAUAUAACUGAUUUAAGAGAUGCAGAAAAUGAAUUAAAGUUUACUUCUCCGGCAAAACCAGUAGGAAAGGGGUCUUUCUGGAGGAACGACGACCCCACUUCUACGACGACAACAAAAAAGCCGAAGUUAGUACUGAUUUCACGGACAACAACUGAGGAAACAGAGGAAUGGUAUCCUUCUUCGUCUUCACCACCAACAUUUGAACCAGUACUUAUAUCAGACGUUGAAACAGCUAUAGGCAAAAAGAAAGCAACAUUUUCCUGCACAAUACAAACAAAUACUGGGGCCUCUGUAUACCUCAAAGGAAAAAAUAUUAAGCUGAAUUUUACAAAAUCACAAAAAAUUAUAGCUACUGGAAUCCAGCAAAGGCAAACAUAUGAUUAUGGUUUCAAAAUCAUGGAUGAUUCAAACAUGACAAAAAUAACGCUAAAAGUUCUGAUACAAGAUGUCCAAUGUGAGGACCAAGAAGAUUUUGUUUGCGGAUACAAAGAUAAAUUGACAACAACAGAGAAACAUGGAAAGCUUACAGUCCAACGUAAACCGUCAUCAAGCAUAAAAAUGAAGAGUCCAGUUGGAAUAAUUGAAGGGCAGGUCGUUGAAAUUGAGGCUACAUGGAAAGGCGGCUAUCCCACUCCGAUUGGUAAUAUUACAUGGUUUUAUUCGGAAGCAGGGGGUAAUUUGUCAGAUGCACAGGCGUUUACAGCUGCCGACAUCUCAUGGCGAAUGAAAAUAAGGGAAGAUAGUUGUAAAACAUACAUAAAUAGUAUCGUCAAGUUCAAGCCUACUCUAGAAAUGAACAACACUAUGUUAUACGCAGUAUCAUCAUUCAGUGGUGUCCAAGCUGGAACGGAAAGAAUUCUUGUAAUUCCAGAAAAUUACUGCGACGACAAGACUGGAAAUGCUUAUAAGCCACAUCCAUAUACUUGUAAGAAAUUUGUACGAUGUAGAACAGAUCGGAUUGAUGUAUAUGAAUGUCCAAAGAACACUUGUUUUACAGAGGAUGUGUCACACUGUGUGUGAUCUAUAAUGGUCAAUGUGUAACAGGAAUGGAAACAAGACUUAUUGUGAAAAAAAACGCAUGCGCACGGGAAAGAGAUUACUCCAAUUUCGUCCUGAAUAUGCAUUUAAUUUAUCACUGGACGUAAUAUAGCCAUCCAUCCAUCCAAUUAGUUAUUUUACAUAAGUAUUAAUAAAUAAACGUAUUUCUGCUUUUAUAAUACAUAAAGCUAGUUUUGUAUAAAUGGAUCAGUUUUUUUUAUCUUUAUAUGGAUCAGUAUUAAGGCGUUUUAAGUUUUGUUUUAUUUAAUACAAAUUAUUUUUGGCCAAUCUUUUCUUUUUCGAAAUUAAAAUAUAAAGGUGUUUAAACAAACUUUUAUAUUGCAUUUGGACGCAACUCAAUAAAUAUUGGAGGCGUCUGAAGAACGAAAAUAAUUUCUAAUUUACUUAAGUAUCGAUUUAAAAGGCAUAUGCAUAUUGCAUUUGUAAUGAACUAUGGAAUAUUUAUGUUUUUCUUCUUAUAAACGGGAGAUAACUCAUAUGUUAAAAAUGAAUUGAAAAAUUUGAUUCUUCGACUCCAAGUAAAACCAGUAUUUUUAGGAUGCAUCUUCUGUUUACAAUUAUGUUAAAAUAUAUAUCAAUGUAAGUUGUAUGUAGGCAUUUAUGUAUGUUUAUACUAUUUGAUAACAUGCAUGAUUUUGUUUAUUUUACUUUUAAAGGCAAUUUAAAAAGAGCGUAAACGAUAUUGAAAUGAGAUCCUACAAUUUUAAAUGCUGGAUGUUCUAUGUAUUUGAAUUUGAGUUGUUGAAAACAAAGAGAUAUAUCGCAUCAUAUGAGAUGAAGUGGUUGGAUCUUUCCUUUUCUAAAAUGAUUUUAAGGAAAUGUAUAGGCCAGCUUUGACUUUUUUCUCACUUCCAUCUGUGUAACAUUCAUCGUCUUUUUUGUUUGUUGCUGUUCCAAUAUUUAGAAAAUCCGGUGUACAUCACGCUAAUAUGACAUAAUAAUUGAAUUUUGGCUGAAAUAAUUUAAAGUUUAUUCUUAUUAUAGAAUUGGAACUAACAAACCACAAGUUAAGUAUUAAAUACAUUAACCAACAAGUUAUGGAAAGUAUACAUGGGCUAAAACUUGAUUAGUUGAGAAUUUUCAGGAUAAACUAAAUAAGUUUGCACUACCCAUUUACUUUAUCGGUAUCCAAUCUAACGAAUUAAUGUUUCUUCACAUAAUGCAUCUUUUAUAACAAGCCAAUAAACUUAGGAGAAGUCAGGUAAACUAAAUCACGACUUAAAGAUAAGUUUACACAAACAUUAUCAAUAUUUAUUAUCUAAUGUCUAUGAGAAGUGUGUAUGAUUGACUUAGGGCUACUGACAAACCAAUUUUCUGAUUAUUAAUUCAAUUAGCGCGUGCUUAGCAACAUGCAAGAAGUCCUUAACAGGUAUUUCGAUACAAAUGUUGUAUCAUACGUUUUCUGAUACAUCUUUUGAACGACGUUAAUUAUGAUGCGUUUGAAUGAUACACUUCCACUAGGACAAUACACGUCCCUUGGAAGGUUCAUCACUUCAUAUAAAAUAAAUAAAUAAAUAAUGAUAAUAAAAUAAUACUAAUAAUCAAUAUAGCACAAACAACUAAACAUUAAGUAACAAGAAACCAGUAAAAUGCGGAAAUUAAUACAGGGAAAGGAAGUUUUGGUGCGACAAUAACGUAAAUAUGGGCACACAAAAUGUAAGCCAUUAGGCCUUCACUGAAAAGUAAGCAUAAGGCAAAAUAAAACGUGACUUUAAAUUAUGCUUUUAAUUCUAGUCAGCCUAAAGCUGCCAAAAGCUUGAGUCUGGUUAAUCUUUCUAUUUCAUUUCUGUUUUUAGUUUUCUUUUAAACCCUAAUAUAUAAAGUAUAUUUUGCUUCCAAGUACCAAUUGAAAAAAGCCGUUGGGUCUUAAAUUACUGGCUAUCCUAGUAUGUUAAUUUUUAACCUUGCAUAGAUAUAGCUGAAAUUAGAAUAAGUCAUGGCCAAUGUCAUUUUUUAUAUUUUUACUUUUAUGUAUACGUAUGUGAGCUUGCAAUCAUUGUGAACUACGUGUACGCAUGUUAGUAUUGAUGCCAUUGUAAAAUCUGUGGUUGUUUGUGUCGUCUGUAAUGUUCCAUGUUGAUAUUUAAUCCAAAGAAAUAAAUCCAUAUAUCUA